GUGGAUGACAACUGAUGUUCGCGAUGAGGACAAGUGCAAUAAGCACAGUUUUUGUUUGUCUGCUUGGACUCGCAGCGGAGAUAACAGCUGUGAUCACAGCACCAGGAAACAACGUAUGUACCAGGCGGAAGCGAGACUAUUACACCAAAAGGGAGUGUGUGUAUGCCACGUGGCAAGGAUGUUGUGUAUAUAGGACAGUACAGGUGUGUCGCUACGUCACCGAAUACUUUUGCUGUACUGGUUACGCAGAUGUUGGCAACACAUGCACACCUGUUUGUAGCGAAGCCUGUCAAAACGGUGGUACGUGCAUAGCACCAAACACGUGCGACUGCCCUAGUGGCCGAAGCGGGGCUACCUGCGGAGAUGUGGUGUGUUCCCAUCUACGUCCCUGCUACCCUGGUAUAUGUACCGCUCCCAACACCUGCACGUGUGCUGCUGGAUACACGGAUUCUGCCAAAAACUGCACAGAGAUCACUAUAGCUCCGGCAUUCACAAUUGCCCGUGCCGAACUUGCCUUCUUCAAUGAAAUGAAACAGAUGGAUGUUUACAAUGUGACGACCGAUUCCACUGACCCUAACUCGGACAUCCCCGACGUACUAUGGACAGCCCUUCUCAAAUUUAACAUGUGGACUGUGGAUAUGCAAGCCGUUUUCGAGCCCGGCUUCCUGCCUUUGGCGCCAUCCUACAUUCCAGAAGUUCAACUUGGCAUUGUAACCGCUACUAUAAAUUAUGAACUGCGAGCAUCCGACGAUCGUGUGAAGACAACUGGUACUCAGCCGUGCGAUCCGUCCCCUACCACUUUGACACCUCAACAGGACAUCCUUGUCUGCGUCUUUAAUUUCAACACGUUCGACUUUAGGAUUGACCAUGCAGACAUAUUCGUUAUCACAUUUUCAGUUCAAAGUGGUGGAUUUGAAAAACUGAAUGUACUUGGCACAACCUCAGGAUAUGGAACGCUUACCUUUAGUGGUGCUCAAAAACAGAAGAGUGUAGAGUUCAGAUUUGAUUACGUCCAACCAAACCAUUGCUUUAUUACCAACUCUAAUCUAACAUGCACGCCCACUUCGACGCCAUUUGAGGUCACUAAUCCUAUCACAAAGGAUAGCAUCACAUUCCUGUGGUCGGGUUGGGAUGACAGUCUGUCCGGGAUGAGCCGUUACGCAUUAGAGGUAUUCAAACUGACACGACAGGGAGACAUACUGUUGGAGGCAGACCCUUUGGCCCCUGAGAUGAUAACUGCAUUCAACGACACCAGUAUAAAUGACUACAGUUUCAACUACCAACCCUCCGGACCAGGAAUGUUUUCCUGUAUUUUAGAAGCAGCUGACGCGGCCAACAACUCGCAAUAUAUCCGACGGUUUUUUCUGUAUGAUCCUGAAUCUACUAUAACCACAAAUCCUGGAGGCCUUAAGGUGGCCAGUGCCACUCCAGAAUCUUCAUACAGCUGGCAGGGCAAUCUAGAUGACAGUGCCACAGGCAUCAGUGUGAACUGGGCUGGACAUUUCAUCAAUCAACUGCAUUCUGAUGGAGGGUUUCUCAAUGCAAUUCAGGACUACCCACCCCAACUACAGGAUCUGAACGUGGAUACGACCUUCAAAAAGGUCAUCGACACUUCCAUACCCAAUACUAGUAAUCGGACGAGUGCUGCCAUACCUAAUAUUGAUGGCAUUGUAAAAUUUGAAACUAUUUACGAACGUAAGCUUGUUGGAAUAACACCAGACACUCCCUUGACCGGCUGGACAACCAUUGAUCCGCUGGCUGUGUACUAUAACUUUUCGGAAAACGUCAUUGGAGGAGACUGCUUGAUGAUUUGGGUUCGAGCAUAUGACAUCAUGAACAACAACGCCACCGAUAGCACAGUUGUUUGCUUCGAUUCAUCCAAUCCAAUAAUAAGAAGUUCGAGCUUUGAACGGAACACGCCUUCGGUUGACUUUGAUGCAUCAAGCCGGAUCCUGAUGACAACAUCAGAUACACAGAGCGCAAUAGCCUCCAUUAGGAUGGCCUUUUACGAUAACACUACCGGGGACCUUCUGUAUGACGCAGGCACGGCAGCCGUAGGCAACGUGACAAAUAGAACACAAGCCGAGUGUGAACAGACCGGAGAGUGCUAUUGUAUCACAACCGGCGCAUGCUACUCCUUCAGCUAUGCUAUGUACUUCGAUAACUGUUGGCUGUACAAGAAAGACUUGGACCUGAACACACUUGUAGUCAAAGCAUCAAUGACAACAUACAAUCUAGCAUCACUGGUCACAACAGUCGACAUAAUGAUAACAUCGAUUAACACAUUGGACGGGAUAACCACGUGUCCAGGGGAGACAACUGUGAUCACUGUAGCGAGCUUAUCAGCUGGAGGAAUUGCUGCUAUAUCUCUUGUAAUAAUACUGAUUUUGGCGUUCAUAAUAUUCGUGCUGGUUCUUCACAAGACUGGUCGUCUGAAAAAAGUAAAGGAAAGAAGUAUAGAGCGCAUCAGAUCGAUCAGGGGAGGGGCAAACACUGGCAUGGUCGGCUACAAGCAGUGGCAGACUGGUGGAUUUGCGGAGGAGGACAUCUACCUGUACGGUACCCAGACUUAUGAACAGGCACCCAGCUGGCAGUUGCGUUCGGAUGACUUAGUUCUUGGAAAAAUCAUCGUUGUCGGCAAAUUUGCAAGGAUCUUCGAUGCCAUAUUAAACGCUGGAGGAAAAGAAAGAACGGUCGUUGCUAAAACACUGAAAGAGGACUUUACAGAAGAUGACGCGCUGCUGAUGAACGCGAAAAUAGGCUUUUUUGGAACCAAAGUUGGCGUUCACUCAUGCAUCCUAGAAUUUAUUGGCGCGGUAACAGAGGAUCCGAAAAGGGGUCCUGUGAUGGUAUUGGAGUACUGCGACAACGGCCCGAUGAAUAAGUGGCUUCAAAGGAAUAAGGCAUCCGUAAAUGAGUCUGUGGUUGAAAACCUCUACCGAUUCUCGUACGAUAUCAUCCGUGGUAUGGAGUAUCUUGCUUCCAAAGACAUCAUUCACAUGCGUCUGGCAGCUAGAAACGUCCUUUUGACUGAUCGAUUGGAGGCUAAGGUUAGCGGGUUUGGACCCAGACAAGGGGGUGAUGAAGAGGAAGGGGAAAAAAAGGAGCGUAUACCUGUGAAGUGGAUUGCCCCAGAGUGUAUGGACAAUAACAAGUCAGCCUCUGAGAAGAGUGACGUCUGGUCCUAUGGGAUCGUUCUAUGGGAGAUCUUCACGCUGGGUGAAACACCUUACCCAAACAUACGAAGCCGAGAGCUUCCGAAGUACCUGAAGUCAGGAAAGAGGCUACCCAAACCUGAAUACAGUGAUGAUACACACUUCAGUCUUAUGCUCAAGACUUGGCACAAAGACCCAAAAGCACGUCCCACAUUCAUGGAUGGUCGCAAGGAGAUCGAACAUCUGUUUCGGCAGUCAUCAAAUGACCUGUAUUACUACGACAGUAGUCAGCAGUGAGACUGCCACGUCAUGGGAAGACCGACAAAUUAAUCAUUUGUUGGGUCGCAGUUGAGAACAGAAAAUGACUUUCCAACAUACACUGCAUUUAUCUAUGCUUUAAGUGUUAACUGUUAACCAGUAGAUAUGUGGGAAAUGUAUGGACGAUUUUUAUUUGCAUCAGAAAACAUGUAAGGAGAUGUGUGUAUUUUAAUACCAGCAAUGUGUUUACAUGUAAUGUAGUACGCUGCAUAAUUGGUAAUAUGCUCGGGGGGGGGGGGGGGGG